AUGUCCACCACCCCCCUCACCACGCCCCCCACACCCCUGCCCUUCCAAAUCUCCAUCCCCCCCUCCACCCUCAGCACCUUCAAGAGCAAGCUCCUCGCGGCAGAAUUCCCCGACGAACUCCAAUCCUCGCAAUGGGACAUGGGCGUCCCCCUCGCGGAGAUGAAGAGGCUGACGAAAGCGUUCGCCGAGUGGGAUUGGCGACAGGCGGAACGGGAACUGAAUCUGGUGCCGCAGUUUGUGACGCCCGUGGAGGUGGAGGGCUUUGGGGGGGUGGAUGUGCAUUUUGUGUGGGAGAGGAGUGAGGUUGAGGGGGCGGUGCCGUUGUUGUUUGUUCAUGGGGUGAGGCCCGGUUCCUUCCUCGAAGUCCUCCCUCUAAUCCCCCACCUCCGCAAACCCGGUGGACCAGCCUUCCACAUAAUAGCCCCGUCUCUUCCAAACUUCGGUUUCUCCUCCGGCAUCAAGACCCGAGGCUUCGGUAUUGCCCAAUACGCCGAAACAUGUCACAAACUCAUGCUCUCCCUCGGAUACCCCCAAUACGUAACCCAAGGCGGCGACUGGGGCUUCUACAUCACGCGUGCCAUCGGCCAUCUCUACCCAGACUCCUGCAUGGCCUCCCAUAUAAACAUGCUCCGCGCCCCCCCUCCAAAAUUCAAGAAAAACCCAAUCCUCGCAACCCAGCACAAACUCACCUCCUACACCAAAGCAGAAGAAGAAGGCUUCAAACGCACAGAAUGGUUCGCGCAAGAAGGCCGCGGCUACUACAUGGAACAAGCCACCAAACCGCAAACGCUGGCGUACGCGCUCACGGAUAGUCCCGUCGCGUUGCUAGCCUGGAUCUAUGAGAAAAUGCACGAUUGGACGGACGAGUAUCCGUGGAGUGACGAGGAGGUGUUUCGAUGGGUUGCUAUCUACGCGUUUAGUAGAGCGGGACCGGGGGCUGCGCAUCGGAUUUAUUAUGAGACUAUGCAUACGGGCGAGGGUGGGAUUACUCGUGACAUCGUGGAAGGAUGGAUUCCGAAAGUCAAGUUGGGACUCGCAUAUAACCCCAAAGAAAUCUCCGUCCUCCCAGCAACAUGGUGUCGCACGCUCGGCCCCGUCGUCUACGAAGCCUUCAACGAGUCCGGCGGCCACUUCUACGCAACCGAGAAACCGGCGUUGCUUGCGAGAGAUCUACGCACGAUGUUUGGGAAGGGGGGAGGUGCGUAUAAAGUUGUGAAGGGGAGGAGUGGGUAUGCUAGUGGAAGGUUGGCGAAGUUGUAG